AUGCGGAGCCGUAGCAGCUGCUUCUCGGUCGCAACGGCAUUUAUCGUGCUCAGCGUACUCUCUCUAAUCUUGGGCAACCCAAAGAGUGCCGCUGUUGCUCACCGUCAACAUGGCUCGCUCUACCGACGACAGUCGCCGUAUCAGUACAUCGCCGACGAGCAGGACCCAAUCAAAGCAGCAGCUGACAUUCAGCAGAUGCAAUUUAUUCCGAACAACAGCUCGGUUCCAAACCCGGACUGGCUCAUCCUCAAGGACGAUGGCGGCUCGUCAAAUCCACCGUGGCUUUCCCAAGUGCCGUUCGUGCAGACGCCAAACGCUCAAAACAUGCAGGUCGGAGAUGGCUUGAUGGCGUGGAAGGAAGUGCCAGAUCUCGAAGGGUUCACCCUCAAUCGCACGUUCCAAGUGCUGCCUAACCUGGUCAUGCCCAUGUACAUCUCGCAAAGCUACAAACCAGGUCAAGACAACAGCCGAAUUCAGCGCGCCAUCGUCACUCUGCCAGGCAAGCCGCGUGAUUCCUGGAAGUACGCCAACCUCUUCCGCAACGCGCUCACCGUGGCGACCUCCAACCCAGCCAACGGCAUCAGCGCAGACCAGGUCAUGAUCGUCGGUCCCGUCUUUCUCAACUCGGAUGACAAGGAAGCAGGUGCAGUCAAGGACGGCGAACUCUACUGGCACGGCUCGCAGUGGCAGUCGGGUCACAAGGUACGCAACGAACAGCCCAAGGUCAACUUGAGCUCAUACCACGUCUUGGACAACAUCACCGACUGGAUUUUCAAGUCAGGCGAGUUUCCCUCGAUCAAGCAGGUGGUACUUGGCGGCCACUCGAUGGGUGGGCAAGCGGUGCAGCGUUAUGCUCUCCUCAAAAAGACCAAGGCAUACGACAAUAACAUGCACUUUUGGGUGGGCAAUCCGGGUUCCUGGGCCUGGCCCGACGAUCAGCGGCCGUAUCAGAACGAAACGUGCGAUGGCUGGAGCAGCUGGGGUUACGGAUUCAGUAAUGUAUCCAGCGUCAUUGGCUACGCGCGACGAGACGUCAAUGCGAGCCGGGAGGCCAUUGUCGAGCGCUUUCGUUCGCGCAAGGUGCACUACGCAGCAGGUCUGGCGGAUACCGGUCCUGGUGAUACGCACUGCCAGGCUAAGACGCAGGGGGGCAGCCAUCUGGACCGUGCAUCGCAAUUUGUCCUGGCACUCGGUCGAUUGGGAGGCUUUCCGUCCACACAAACAUUUGACGUGAUCGCCGGAACAUCGCACCAAGACUACCCUAUGAUCCGCGCGGACAAGUCGGUGCAGCGCAUCUUUCUGAGCGACUUCAACACAAGUUUCCCGCUGCUGGUCAACACGACGAAUCCAGGCGAUCUACUCGCUCGUCCACACGGCAAUUCCACUCAUCCCCACCAUGAUCCGACCCAGCCCAAGUUGAAGAUGUAUUCGACGCCCAGGCACCGCAUCAUCGCAACAGCCUUGCUGGGAGGAACAGUGGUGUUUAUCAUCAUCUUUUUCAGUAUGCUUCCGUUCGUGUUCAGCGACAACUACGACGAGCGGGCGUAUCAGAUCGAGAUGUCGAGUCGAAGGCGGCUGCUGUCGUGA